CAGUUUCACAUCGCACAUUGAAGACAAGAGAGAAAAGCGAUGGCCAUGGCCGACAUGGUCCUGAGGUCGAAGAGGAAGAUAUUUAUCCAAUCAGUGAGCAGUGGCACGAUAAAUGGCUUGUUGGAUGGAUUAUUAGAUGAAAAAGUGCUGAACCAGGAGGAGAUGGAGAAAGUAAGAAAAGAAAAUCACACAGCUAUGGAUAAGGCCAGAGAUUUGAUCGAUUCUGUCAUUCAGAAGGGGGACCAGGCAAGCCAAAUACUUAUCAAUCAAAUUGUUGAAGUUGACCUGCAACUUGCGGGCAAGCUGGGGCUCUCCUCAGCUUCCCAGGCAAUGCAAGAAAACCGAGGUCCAGGAGGGAGCAUCAAGCUCUGCCCUGCAGAAACAGCUGAAAGAAUAAGGAAAGAAAAGUCAGGAGAGAUUUACCCAAUAAUGGGAAAGGCACGUCUUGCCCUCAUUAUCUGCAACAUAGAGUUUGACAAGCUUUCUAGAAGAGCUGGAGCAGAAGUUGAUAUCAGUGGUAUGGAGAAGCUGCUAAAAGAUCUGGGAUACACUGUGGAUGUAAAACGAAACCUCACUUCCUUGGACAUGACUGCAGAGCUGAAGGCAUUCGCUGCCCGUAAGGAACACAAGACUGCUGACAGUACUUUCUUGGUGUUCAUGUCCCAUGGUAUUCGAGAAGGCAUUUGUGGGAAGAAACACUCUGAGGAAGUCUCAGACAUAUUAACCAUCAACACUAUCUUUCAAAUUUUGAACACUAGGAACUGUCCAAGUUUGAAGGACAAACCGAAGGUGAUCAUUAUUCAGGCCUGCCGUGGCGAGAAUGAAGGGGUGGUGUUGUUAAAAGAUUCAGCAGGAGCUUUUGGAAACAGCUGCUCACAGGAUCCAGAAGAUUUUGAAUAUGAUGCCAUUAAGAAAGCCCAUGUAGAGAAGGAUUUCAUUGUUUUCUGCUCUUCAACACCAGAUAAUGUUUCUUGGAGACACCCCCAAAAGGGCUCACUUUUUAUUAUGAAACUCAUUGAACACUUUCAAGAAUAUGCUCGGUUCUGUGACCUGGAGGAAAUAUUCCGAAAGGUUCGAUUUUCAUUUGAACAACCAGAUGUUAGGGUACAGAUGCCCACCACGGAAAGAGUGACUUUGACAAGAUGUUUCUACCUCUUUCCAGGACAUUAUCUGUGGCUCAUUUACAGCAACAGGGAGAAGCUGAGACUGUUGUUUCCUAUGGCUGAAGACCAACACAGCAAAAAUACACUUAAGGCUUUGGAAUCUGUUGGUAAAGAAAUCUUAACUGGAUUUUUGGAUGGCUUGGUGAAAAGAAAUGUUCUAAAAUUGGAGGAAACUGAAAAGAAAAAAUAUUAUGAUGCCAAACCUAGAGACAAGGCCUGGGUCUUGGCAGACCUUGUGCGACAGAAACGCGAUGAAGCAGGUCAAAUCCUUGUCCAAACCUUCUUUAACCCAGACACACUUUCCAUCGGCACAAAAGUUCCUACAGAAAUGGCUGGACCAGCUGAGCCAGCAGAAUCUACAGAUACCCUCAAGCUUUGUCCUCGUGAAGAAUUCUUGAAACUCUGUAAAAAAAGAGCUGGAGAGAUCUACCCAAUAAAGGAGAGAAAGGGCCGUACUCGUCUGGCUCUCAUCAUAUGCAAUAGAGAGUUUGAUCAUCUUCCACUGAGGGAAGGGGCUGAGCUUGACAUCACAGGGAUGAAGGAGCUGCUUGAAGGUCUUGACUACAGUGUGGAAGUGGAAGAGAAACUCACAGCCAAGGAGAUGGAGUCAGUCCUGGAGGCAUUUGCUGCCCGCCCAGAGCACAAGACUUCAGACAGCACGUUCUUAGUGUUCAUGUCUCAUGGCAUCCUGGAUGGAGUUUGUGGGACUAUGCACAGUGAUGAACAACCAGAUGUGCUGCCUUAUGACACCAUUUUUCGGAUGUUCAACAAUCGCCACUGCCUCAGUCUGAAGGACAAACCUAAGGUCAUCAUUGUCCAGGCCUGCAGAGGUGCAAAUCGUGGGGAAUUAUGGGUCAAUGACUCUCCAGCAUCCUUGGCAGACAGUUCUUCACAGUCAUGUGAGAACAUGGAAGAGGAUUCUGUUUACAAAGCACAUGUGGAGAAGGACUUCAUUGCUUUCUGCUCCUCAACACCACAUACUGUAUCCUGGAGAGACAUCAGAAAGGGUUCUCUCUUCAUUACAAAAUUAAUCACAUGCUUCCAGAAAUAUUCUUGGUGCUGUCACCUAGAGGAAGUAUUUCGGAAGGUACAACUGUCAUUUGAAAAACCAGAUGUUAAAGCCCAGAUGCCCACCAUUGAGCGACUAUCCAUGACGAGAUAUUUCUACCUAUUCCCUGGCAAUUGAAAAAUGAAAUUACUGCAUCCAGCCCUUCUUUAUCAACUUCCAGAAGCACUUUUAUCAGAAUGGCACACAUCUUUAAUCUCUGCAUUUAAAUAAAAAUGAAAACAAAUAAA